GUUCAUUGCAUAAACUGUUUGCUUUGGUUUAUGGUUUUCUCCUCAGGUCGCCCCUGGCUUUCCUGCACUAUGUGGUUGACUUUGUAAGUGUUUGUGUUACAACUGGUCCGAGCGGUGGUCCUCUCCCCUCGGUGGGUCUCUCCCAGUUGCUACUUUCGCACCGGCUUGUAGUCCCGUCUGUGAGGUCCGAGCGGAUCGGGAGGAACCUGCAGAGAUGUCCGCAAACGGUGGCACGCCUGUCGGCCUCCUGUCUUACGAGACCCUGGUCCACGCUGUGGCUGGCGCAACGGGGAGUGUGACUGCAAUGACCGUCUUCUUUCCUCUGGACACGGCUAAAAGCAGAUUGCAGGUGGAUGAGAAGCGAAAGUCUAAGUCUACCCCAAGGAUCCUGGCUGAAAUAGCAAAGGAAGAAGGCCUUCAGUCUCUGUACAGAGGCUGGUUCCCGGUUAUCUCCAGCCUCUGCUGCUCCAACUUCGUCUACUUCUACACCUUCAACACACUGAAGAAGCUGACGGUAUCCGGUCCGGGGAAGUCCAGGCCGGCCAAAGACCUGCUCAUGGGGGUCGUAUCAGGGGUUGUGAAUGUGAUCCUGACCACGCCCAUGUGGGUGGUCAACACACGGCUGAAGCUGCAAGGGGUGAAGUUCAGAAACGAAGAACUCCACCAGACCCAGUAUAGGGGCAUAUUUGACGCUUUCUCACAGAUCAUCGCCAACGAGGGAGUGGCAGCUCUGUGGAGCAGCACCCUGCCCUCUCUCAUCCUGGUCCUCAACCCGGCUGUACAGUUCAUGUUCUAUGAAGCCAUGAAGAGGAAGGCGGGCAAAGGAGGGAGGAAGAUAUCCUCAGCAGAGAUCUUUCUCAUCGGAGCCAUUGCUAAGGCCAUCGCUACCACCGCAACGUAUCCUCUUCAGACAGUUCAGGCCAUCCUGAGGUUCGGUCAGUACAAAGGCGACGGCAAGGGCGGCGUCAUCGGAAGCCUCUCCAACAUUUUGUUCCUGCUCAUGGACCGGAUCAAGAAGAACGGCGUCCUCGGCUUGUACAAAGGCCUGGAGGCCAAGCUGCUGCAGACGGUGCUGACGGCCGCCCUCAUGUUCGUCGUCUACGAGAAGAUCACCGCCGCCACCUUCAGAGUCAUGGGCCUGAACAAGAAGCUGAAGCACUGAGCCCGCUCUCCUCGCCUGCUUGGGUACAACGCGGCAUUAAUGCACUCGUCGUCAGGGGGUUUUUAUCCGAGCCUGCUGAUUAUACACGUAACGAUACGCGAGUUUAAAUCGGUGCCUUUACGUAAACAGCGACCGGAGGUGGGUUUAAUUCUUGUGCCGCCGUCUCGCUCUUAACCUUUAACUACUUCCAUCGGUGCCCAAAUGCAGCUUCUGCACUGUCCUGUUAUUUUUUUGAAUGAAACUGUUCUCAAUUCAGCAAAAAGGUUUCUUUGCUUUCAUGCGGAGGGUUGGCAGCAAAGACAUGAGGCUCCGACAAACACACACCGCUCUUCAUGCGUGCGCCGAGAAAGCGGAGUAACUUCGUUGCCAUGGUUACGCUCCCGCACGGCAACCGGACGCAUUUCUCGGACACCGGAAAUAAGAACAAAUCGCAGACGUCUGAGACUGACGCGUCGUUUUAGGAAAGUCCUGCUCGUUAAACCUGCGUGUGUUGCCUUAAUCUGAGCCCCCGGACCAAAUUAAAACAUUUGUUUUAACUGUUAAUCUAAACGGGCGUCAUCCUGCAAAACGGAAACCUCGUGAAAUCACGGAGAGAUUCUUUUUAAUGUGCUGCUGUCAUUAGUAGACACGUAUUAGUGGUAAAUGGGGAGGAAGGGAGUAAAGAGGUUCCGUCUGUAUUUAUUGAUUUGCCUGUAAAUUCGAGACCACGUUUUCCAGCUCUUAACGAUUCCAGCAAUUCUAAUAUGUAUGAAGAUUGAAUUAAUAGAAAUAGGAAUUAAUCCGUCACUGGGAGUUCGACAAGUGCCUCUACAUUAAGUUGUACAGUCGUUUGAAAUGUACCGUGUGAUGACUGCUGUUGAUUUAUGCAAACACAUGAUGCACUGAGUUUCGUCUACAGAGUCAUAUCUACUGUUCUGGUGGUUGUCAGUGUACGCACGUUAUUUAUGCCAGUGACUUGUGCGGUUGUAAAGUAGUAAUUCAGAUAACAGAAACACAAGAGUAUUCAGCUAUCAGAAGGUUCCAGACGUCUUCUUUGUCCUGGAUCAUUUGACCGUUUGCUUCUUUAGUUGCUGUCAACGUGCUUAUUGAGCCCGUUAAGCCGGCGCUGUGGCCGCUUCCAUACCGUAGCUCCGGACUCUUAAGCUUAGUUUCUGCUCCUGCAACCGGUCUACGCACAACCUGUGAGGCAUUUAUUGAAUGUAACGGCGUCGUCAGCACAGAAUAAAGCGUUUACCACAUUUGAGCUCCUCUAGAUUCAGGUCAGUUGUGAAAUCUGUACACAACAGCACAACAGUUGCAUUCAUUACUGUAGGAACCUUUUUUUUUUCCUUCUUACUUGUCUUAUUUCUUAAAGUGACCAUGUUUACAUGAAAAUACCUGCUCACCCAGUACUUACUUGAUAGGAUCUUUUUUAUGUUUAAAUCGAGACUGUUUUUUGAAUUAACCAGGGAACAAUAAAGUUUGAGAAAUGACAA